AUGGAUGGGGUAUGGCUGCUGCUGCUGCUGCUGCUGCUAGCACUUAGAGUGCUCCCGGGGUCCGCUCAAUUCAAUGGUUACAACUGCGAUGCCAACCUGCACAGCAGAUUUCCUGCUGAGAGAGACAUUAAUGUCUACUGCGGGGUGCAGACCAUUACGAUGAAGAUUAAUUUUUGCACGGUACUCUUCUCCGGUUACUCUGAAACAGAUCUGGCCCUAAAUGGAAGGCAUGGGGAUUCCCACUGCAGGGGGUUCAUCAAUAACAACUCCUUUCCAGCGGUGGUCAUUUUCAUCAUCAAUCUGAGCACCUUGGAGGGCUGUGGAAACAACCUAGUGGUAUCCACAAUUCCUGGAGUAAGUUCUCAUGGAAAUGCAACUUCAGUACAGAUAGGAAAUAUUUCAGGAUACAUUGAUACUCCAGACCCACCAGCUAUCAUCAGUUAUCUGCCUGGACUUCUUUACAAAUUUAGCUGUAGUUAUCCAUUGGAAUACCUGGUUAAUAACACCCAGCUUGCUUCGUCCUCAGCUGCUAUUUCUGUGAGAGAGAACAACGGAACAUUUGUCAGCACUUUGAACCUGCUCCUGUACAACGAUUCAACCUACAGCCAACAGCUAAUUAUCCCAAGUAUAGGAUUACCUCUGAAAACCAAAGUAUUUGCAGCUGUGCAGGCUACUAAUCUGGAUGGCAGGUGGAACGUCUUAAUGGAUUACUGCUACACAACCCCAUCAGGAAACCCAAAUGAUGACAUUCGGUAUGACCUCUUCCUUAGCUGUGACAAAGAUCCUCAGACCACUGUCAUUGAAAAUGGCAGAAGCCAGCGGGGCCGGUUUUCCUUUGAGGUGUUCCGAUUUGUGAAGCACAAAAAUCAGAAGAUGUCCACGGUCUUCCUCCAUUGUGUCACCAAGCUCUGCAGAGCUGACGACUGCCCCUUCCUUAUGCCAGUCUGCGGCCACAGAGAGAGGAGGGACGCGGGGGGCAGGACCCCUGGGAGCCCGCAGAGCGCUUCGGGAGACGCCGUGCUCUCCGCCGGCCCCAUCAUCACGCGGAGCGAUGAGACGCCAACCAACAAUUCACAACUUGGUUCUCUGAAUGCACCUCCUUUCCAGCUGAACACCAUUACCAGUGCGCUGAUAUCAGGAGUGGUUAUUCUGGGAGUCGUGAGCUUUUCCCUCCUUUGUUCACUGGCCCUUCUACACAGGAAGGGGCCCACCAGUUUGGUGUUGAAUGGCAUAAGAAAUCCUGCCUUUGACUGAUUAUGCCAGAGCCUGCUCUUGGGGGAAGGCUUAACUCACUGUCCCUGUAUGACUGCAGUCAGUGUUCCACCAGCCUUGAAUGCCAGCUAUAAUUUGAUAUUUGUAGGUUUAAUAGAUUUCACAGUAUAAUCUCCUCAGAAUGAUGAUAGUGAAGUAAUUUUUCUAACGUUGUUAUUGUUACUUUUAUAUACGACCAGCCCUAUUUUUAUGACAUCAGUGGGCAUACUGACAAUAAGUAAAAUAUGUUCAGGACUUAGAUCUUAUAGGAUGAGUCAUAUUUAAUUUCAUUUCAAUUUUCUUUGCCUUGUUGGUUUAUGAGAUAAAAAGUUGGCAUAGAAAAAAUAUGGAAUUUGUUUCAUUUUUUCCCUAAGUCUUAAAGAUCUUUAGAUUUGCAUAUGUGGUCCUACCAUGAAAGGUGAUUUUUCUUCUAUUCCAUAUAUUCCAGCCUAGGAUGCUAUAUUGAUUAGACCAUCCAAGUUGACUCCUGAAACUUAGAUAUUCAUUCCAUGACCUACUGAGUUUUGGGCUGAUUUUCAGGUCUGAAAAUAGACCUUAAAAGACAAAUAGAAAACCAAACUCCUGGGAAAUGUAUAUCAACCGAGAGACACCCACUGCACAGCUAGUAUAUAGGAAAAACAGUUGCUUCCUAGUAUAUAGGAAAACCACAUCAAAUGCCCUCAGAUAGUAUUAAUCUGGAAUGACUGUGAUGGGUUUUCUCAUUGUGAUUCAUGUUUGAGAGACAAAAAUUUGGCAUGAACAGCAGCAUAUGUUAAUGCCCCUUGUAGGGAAACAAUUCAGCUGCUACUGCAGCUGUGAUUCCAGCAAUGAGGCAGUUGUGACAUUCUCCUCCUCCGCCGCCUCACUUUCAUCCUCUUUUGCGCUGAGGUUCUAGAGACUGAACCCAGGAUAUCACUCAUUCGAGGCAAGUGCUCUACUCCUAAGUUAUACUCUAACUCUGGGAAAAUUAUUCCUAUUCAAAAGUCAUUGUGUGAGAAAACAAACUCUACUGGGAAGAGGACACUAUCACCACCUCUUAAGCUUGGUGUUCACAUAAAGGUUUAUAACAACCCUGGCUCCCUUUUCUUCCUAAGACAAAAAAGAGACUUACAGCAAAUGUAAUUUGUAGGAGUUUGCUGGUCUCUACUUGAAUGAAGUGGGGUUGUUUUGGCCCAAUUUUUGAUGUCAGGCAAAACAGUCUAGUGAAGCCUUCUUUGUAAGGUAUCUGCUGUUAGGUGCCAUAGUUGGCAUGUGAUAAACACAAUUUUCUUGUAAUGGUAAACUCUAAGAGCAUUUGACUCUUUAUAGUUUUUCGGAUUGUUUUUAAAAAUCAAGUUUGAAGCAGUUCAUGUUUUUAAAAAAUAAUCAACCUGCUCUUCGUUCAAACUAUCGACACAACUGAACAAAUAAAACAACUCAAUGAGAAACACCAAAACUUAGCAUAUAUGACCACUAGAAGUGCUGUUUAACUGUAAAAUAUAGCUGUAAUAACUAAUUUUUAUUCAACAUUCAUGCUCCAUUAUUCAGGACUUAUUUUAUUAUACUACAUGCAAAUCAUUGUGCAGUUUUAGAUUUGCUUGAAAUGGAGUGUCUACACUGUAAGUUAAUAAAUCAAUCAGCAAGUCAAGAAACACCUUUUCUCCAAUUUGCCUGAAUAUUUCAGAAGCAAGUGUUUGUGUUAUGCUGAUUAGCUAUAUAAUUGCUUCUGCUUCUCUAUACUGAGUUUCAUAAAGUGAAACAAGACCUGGAAAAUCUCUAGGUAAUCUCCUCAACAUCAAAAAUGUUUAAAUCACUUAAAAAACCAAUCUCUUCUUCCCUCUAUUACUUCAAAAUACCUUUGAAGUGAAAAUUGUGACCUUUAUCAGUGCUAAACUGAUGAACAGAUCAUGCUACUAAGUGGCUCUGUGUGUACAUGGGUAGUAUUGAAAAAUUCUGGUAAAUCUACUUCAGAUACCUUAAGUGAAUUGCUAUUGAUCUGAGGAUUAAGUUUUGUGACUAGGACAUUAUAUCAUUGAAGCUGGUUUGUCAGUUUGAUUUUUAUGCUUUUGGGAUGGCUACUGCUUCAGCUUUUGACCUUUUAAAUUCUAUACUCCAUUUUAUAGAACUGAAUAAUGGACAUAUAUCAUUUUGGAAGCAACUUAAGUCUCCUACUAUUUUUUGCCACCCUUUCCUCAAUUUUGGGAGUUAUCACAAAAUAAACCAGGUCUGUUUCAUUCAGCUUUGUUCUUACAGAUCUGCUGCUAUCUGUAGUAUUUAGUUAUCCUGCGUUUUCUGGUUAUUGUAGCAUGAAAACCUUACAAAAUAUGUGCAAAUGUCCCUUCAGUUUUAAUA